GAACACUCGCAUUUGAAGGGUUAGGGGGUUAAAACAGCGCUACAUUUCGGAUGCGCUUGAAGGGAGAAGGAAGUUGACGUCAUAUUCGUUUUCAUAGAAAUUAUGAAGCCAAUAUAUAUUAAAUCGCCAAUUAAGAUGUUCUGGACACCCGUAGAAGCCGUCGUCGGAGGCGGCGCGGGAGCAGGCGCGGGCAGCGCGGAUAGCCUACAUCCCUCUUCUCUCCUUUCAUUACUAUGAAUUGCGACAUGUCAUUCACAAUGACCUCGGAUUCCCCUGCUUUGGGUGUCACAGUUGGUGGGAAUGUGCAGAAAUAUAGCAACAAAAAGAAGAAGAUUCUCAGUGCAGAAGAGUAUGAAGUCUUUGAGCUGACUCAGGCAGCUGGUAUUAUUUUGGACCAGGAGGUCUUUAAGAUAAUUUUGGACCUGCUGAAGAUGAACGUGGCUCCUCUGGCUGUCUUCCAGACAUUAAAAGCCAUGUGUGUAGGCCAACGAAUCAUUGAUACUUCAGCUGGAGACACCUCUUCAGCUUCAUUCUCCACCACCCACCCUGAGCCCAGAGUGCGGACCAAAAUGGCACAGACUCACACGGAAAAGGGAGGGAGAGAUGGCUCCAGUCAGCGGGUACCUCGUCAGUCCAGCACUAGUAGAGGGCUAAAAAAUACCAAGAGCCCUGGAAGCAGCAGUUCCUCAUAGUACACUAUAAAUGUGAUCAUUCUUUCUCACAUCAGUUUCUAUGUGGAUCUGAAUGUUGGUUUACUGUAUGGUUGGUUUAAUGUUUUUGAUUUCUGUAUUCAGUAUUGACAAUAAAAAAGUUGUGCUCGGACUGCA